GGGGUUAAAACUACUUUUCCCAACUCAUACAAUUUCCAAUGCAGUCCGUGUGUUUCUGUGGGAGGGGGCUGCAGUGAGGGAAGCCACGGUAGCAAUUGGCUGCUCUCUCUCUCAGCUGCAGCUGAGCUCGAGCUGCUGCUGGAGCGGUAUCGAUCUGAAGGGUAAAUGUGCAGGGAACCACUGCGAGGGAUUCGCUCAUUUCUGAGAAGGGACCCAGCCUCUGCCGGUAACAGCGUGCUUUCUACCUUGCCUCUCCUGCCCGUGGGAUCCUUUGUGAAUGAGGGGUGACCCGAGGACGGGCAGUUUGUUGCCACAGCGAUCCUGAGGACUGUCUCGGUGCGGGUGCUGCUGCGGCUCUGUGCAGCAGAUUGUAGUAACCCAGUCAGCUGAGGAUUGCAGUGAGUGAGACCAGCAAAGUUCUGAACUUCGCUUCUGUAAGACCUUGGAAGAUGUGGCAUUCUAUUGACAGACAGUGAAGAGUUCAACACAAACGAAAACCAGGCAGAGCAUCAUGCAGCUACCCGGAGGGUGUUGAUUGAAACUUAGAUUACCCUCUGAUCACUGUUGAUUUGACUGAUGCACCAGCUUUACCAGAGAAAAGAUUUCAAUUAAGGUCCCUUUAGAUGGAAUUUAAUGCGGCAAAAACCUUGUCAUCAGAAGGAUUAAUGCCUGCAUUAGCAUUUCCGCAAUAAAAUCAGAAGCUAAGUGGUGGAGGCCACAGACACCUCAAACCUGGAUUACUCUGCUCUGCAUUAAGUGCUGGAGUUUUUAUUACUUGCUGUAGGGAAGCCGUUGCCAAUGCUUACAAGGAACUGCUUAUCCCUGCUUCUCUGGGUCCUGUUUGAUGGAGGUCUCCUAACGCCACUGCAUCCACAGCCACAACAGACUUUAGAAGCAGAGCCAAGAGAAAAUGUUGUCCCAGUGCCAGGGAGGAGGUCGUCUGCCCAGCGAGUCAAACGAGGCUGGGUAUGGAAUCAAUUUUUUGUGCUGGAGGAGUACAUGGGCUCCGAACCUCAGUAUGUGGGAAAGCUUCAUUCUGACUUGGACAAGGGAGUGGGCACAGUUAAAUAUACCCUUUCAGGAGAUGGUGCUGGCACUGUUUUUACAAUUGAUGAUACCACAGGGGACAUUCAUGCCAUUCAGAGGCUGGACAGAGAAGAAAAACCUUUCUACACACUCCGGGCACAGGCUGUGGAUGUCGACACCAAGAAGCCACUAGAGCCUGAAUCAGAGUUCAUCAUCAAAGUGCAGGACAUUAAUGAUAAUGAGCCAAAGUUCCUGGAUGGACCUUACAUUGCCAGUGUACCAGAAAUGUCUCCCGUGGGUGCAUACGUGCUCCAAGUAAAGGCAACAGAUGCUGAUGAUCCUACCUACGGAAAUAGUGCCAGAGUGGUCUACAGCAUUCUUCAGGGGCAACCCUAUUUCUCCAUUGAUCCAAAGACAGGUGUGAUAAGAACAGCUUUGCCAAAUAUGGACAGAGAAGUGAAAGAACAAUAUCAAGUGGUUAUCCAGGCCAAGGACAUGGGAGGCCAGAUGGGAGGAUUAUCAGGAACCACUACUGUGAACAUCACUCUGACUGAUGUCAAUGACAAUCCACCCAGAUUUCCUCAGAGUAUCUUCCAUUUGAAAGUGCCCGAGACCUCUCAUGUCGGUUCUGCUAUCGGAAGAAUCAGAGCUGUGGAUCCUGACUUUGGGAAAAAUGCAGAAAUUGAGUACAACAUAGUUCCAGGAGAUGGAGGUAACUUGUUUGACAUCACAACAGAUGAGAACACCCAGGAAGGAGUCAUCAAACUUAAAAAGCCAUUAGACUUUGAAACAAAAAAGGCGUAUACCUUUAAAGUAGAGGCUUCCAAUCUUCAUCUUGACCAUCGAUUUCACUCAGUGGGUCCUUUCAAAGACACUGCCACUGUGAAGAUAAAUGUGUUGGACAUGGAUGAGCCUCCAGUUUUCAGCAAGCCUUUGUAUACAAUGGAGGUGUAUGAGGACACUCCUGUGGGAACAAUCAUAGGUGCAGUGACAGCGCAAGACCUCGAUGCUGGCAGCAGUUCGGUUAGAUACUUCAUCGAUUGGAAGAAUGAUGUGGACAGCUUCUUUACAAUAGAUGCUAAUGAAGGAACCAUUGCUACUAACGAAUUACUGGACAGAGAAAGCACAGCACAGUACAAUUUUUCUAUAAUUGCAAGUAAAGUUAGUAACCCGUUAUUAACCAGCAAAGUCAACGUUAUAAUAAACGUCCUGGAUGUCAAUGAGUUUCCUCCUGAAAUUUCAGUUCCAUAUGAGACAUCUGUAUGUGAAAAUGCCAAACCAGGACAGGUAAUACAGACUGUCACUGCCGCAGACAAAGAUUUGUCACCAGCUGGGCAAAAGUUUUCCUUCAGACUGUCACCUGAGGCUUCUAACAAACCAAAUUUCACAGUCCACGACUACAGAAACAACACAGCUGGGAUUGAAACCAGGAGAAAUGGCUACAGCAGAAGGCAGCAGGAGCUGUACUUUCUUCCAGUGGUAAUAGAAGACAGCAGUUACCCUGUCCAGAGCAGUACAAACACAAUGACCAUCCGGGUUUGCAGAUGUGAUUCUGAUGGUACCAUCCUGUCCUGCAAUGUGGAAGCAAUCUUCUUGCCAGUAGGCCUCAGUACAGGAGCACUGAUUGCAAUCCUCUUGUGUAUUGUUAUACUUCUAGUUAUUGUAGUACUAUAUGUAGCACUACGGAGGCAGAAGAAAAAGGACACCCUGAUGACCUCUAAAGAAGACAUCAGAGAUAAUGUUAUCCAUUAUGAUGAUGAAGGAGGUGGAGAAGAGGACACCCAGGCUUUCGACAUUGGUGCUCUGAGGAAUCCCAAAGUGAUUGAAGAUAACAAAAUGCGCAGGGACAUAAAACCAGACACCUUGCGUUAUCCACGUCAGAGACCUCCAGUGGAAGACAACACAGACAUAAGAGAUUUCAUUAAUCAAAGGCUGCAGGAAAAUGAUGUUGACCCAACUGCACCCCCUUAUGACUCCUUGGCAACUUAUGCUUAUGAAGGAAAUGGAUCUGUUGCAGAGUCCCUCAGUUCUAUAGAAUCCCUUACUACAGAGGCAGACCAGGAUUAUGACUAUCUGAGUGACUGGGGACCUCGUUUUAAGAUCUUGGCAGACAUGUUUGGAGAAGAGGAAAGUUAUAACCCUGACAAAGUCACUUAAGAACAAAUACAACAGCGAAAUAAAAAGAAAAGCAAACCAACAACAACUAAAAAAGAUAAACCUAAGCUUUAUAAUAGGACAGGAUUCCUUUGAUUAUAAAAGACAGCAAUUGUUUCCAGCAAGUUACUAGAUUUAUCAUACUGUCAGUUUUUGUUUGAUCUGCAAAGAAGAGAUAAAUCCUGUAAUAUACACAGUUUUUUGUUCUUAUUUUGUUACUCUGGAAUUACACUGAGACAAGCUCAGGCCUACAAGGUACAGUUUACUGACUGACUUAGAAAGAAGAUAGCUUUCUGGCAUCAUGGUGGAAGAGUGGUAGCUUUUUCGUAAUUCCACUAAAGUGCCUAUUGAAACUUUUAUCAUUUAAGUGGUAAAGAGUCUGCUGUGAUGGUGUUAAAAAACUGAAUGGUGAAUUGGACAUGAACUUUAAGACAAGAAGCAAUAGCAACAUGCUGACUUCUUAUAGAACAAAAAAGGAGAUACCUUCCUGGAGUAUAUCUAAUGAUUAAAACCAAGAGGGAUGUACAUUGUGUUUGGGGGUUAUAUUUGUGGGGUUUUUUUAAGAAGAAAACACUAUGUCAAGACAUUAUAUUUCUUCUUCUAAAAUUUCACUGAAAAUUGAAAUUUAAAAUGCUAUUGCUGACUCUGAAGAUGUAAAGCCAAAAUUAAAAAGGAAAAGAUUUUAGCAUACAUCAAUGAAUAUUUAAAAGUUCAUGAAAAUAUUUCUUUUUUUUUUUUUUUUCAGAAUAAUAAAAGAUGAAAGCAGCUACUCCUUUACCCAAAGGAAUUUUCCCUUUUUUAAAAUGAAACUCUUAUUAGAAAAUUAAACACUUGCUGUUUUUUGUUUUUUAAGAAUUUAUUUCUAUUUGUUUCUUUGUUUAGGAAUGUUGUAUUUUUAGUACCAAGUCAUUUUUUUCCAUUGUAAUUAUCACUGAAGUUUGUUUAUUUGUGGGUACUAUAGAAACAUUGACUACAGAGAUAAUUAUUUUUCAACUGUCAACCUGCUACAGUUCACCAUUAUAUUUUAGUGUCAGACCCCAAUUAAAAAUUUAUAAAGCAU